AUGUUGAAUAUUUUUCCUUCUGCACAUAUGCUAAUAAUUCUGAUCAUCACUGCAUUUCCAUUUGUUUCUGCCAAAUACCAUUUUAAUAUUUCUGAAACAUCUUCAAAUGCAAAUGUAGCUGCCCUUUUAACCUGGAAGGUCAGCCUUGAAAGUGAAAGCCAAUUACUUCUUUCUUCUUGGAUGAAUAAUAGCACAAGUCCUUGUUACUGGGACUGCAUUCGUUGCGACAACCUUGGACGAGUAACUGAGAUGAAUAUGUCAGAUUAUCACAUAAAGGGUACCCUUCAGCAUCUAGAUUUCUCAUCAUUCUCCUAUCUCCUCAAAAUAGUCUUCUUCGAUAACUCACUCUAUGGUACUCUUCCCACCAACAUAUUCAAUCUUUCGAAGCUGAGUCACCUUGAUUUGGGCUUCAAUGAUUUUUCUGGAACGAUUCCACCUGAAAUUGGUAAUAACAGGCUGUCAGGAUCCAUUCCUUCAUCCAUUGGAAACUCGACUAAGCUCAAGGGGUUAUAUUUAUGUCAAAAUAGACUCUAUGGUCCCAUUCCUCCAAGCUUUGGGAACUUAAAAUUCCUUGUUGAUAUGAGGUUAUUUAGCAAUAAGCUCAAUGGGCCCCUUCCGGUAGAGUUGGAAAACAUUGCAAACUGGGAAAUGUUUGAAUUAUCCGAUAACAAUCUCACUGGUCCUUUGCCUUAUCAUGUUUGUCUUGGUGGGUUCCUGACAUAA